CUCUUUUGCCCUUUCCUUCUCCAAACAGUUCAUUUGCUUGACAGUUACUCUCUCUCUCUCUCUCUCUCUCUCUCUCUCUGCGCGUUAUGCAAGACCCUUCUCGACCCGUAACGGGAUACCCAGUCCCCAACGACUGCCGUCCGCCCCAAGCUGGUGUCGCCUACCCUUAUGUCGCGCCGCCACCACAUCAAGCACCCCCUUAUUACUACAACAACCAACCCUACCCCUACCCUUACGCUGCGUCGUCCUCACGCAACUUCGUUCGCCGGUUCCUCGCCGCCAUGAUCCUCGUCUUCUUCCUCAUUGGCGUCGCCAUACUCGUCCUCUGGCUUGUGCUCCGCCCCCGCCUCCCUGACUUCCGUGUCGACUCUCUCUCCCUGUCCAAUUUCUCGUCUGCUUCCUCCACCCUCACGGGCAACUGGAACGUCAGGUUCUCUGUCUACAAUCCCAACAAGAAGCUUUCCAUUUCUUACGAAGAAGUUCUUUCUUCCCUCUUCUACAAAUCGGAGUUCAUAUCCCACACGCGAAUGCCGCCGUUCAAGCUUGGGAAGCGGAACCAGACGGUUCUGGACGUGUCCUUCUCUGCGGCCGAUACAUACGUUGACAGGUGGGUUGUGAAUGACAUCUACUGGGACAGAGCACGUGGCACCGUGAGCUUCAAUGUGCUGGUUAAGGCGUGGGUUCAGUUCCGAGCCGGCGCGUGGAGGCCAAGGAAUCGGUCGAUUAGAGUCUUGUGCGAAGGCUUGGCGGUCGGUCUCUCCUCCAAUAGCAGCGGGUCAGGGAUGCUAGUGGGUGGAGCGAGGGACUGCAGGGUUGGUCUGUGAGUAAAUUGGUUGUUCAUCACUGCAACUUUAGUUUGAUAAAAUUCCAACUGUUCCGUAUUCGAAGAAGAAUUUGUUUAAAUUUGAGGAAUUAGUAGUAGUUCACAUCUAAAGUUGAAUUAGUUUCUUUGUUUCUUAUGUUGGUUAUUUAGAAUGAUUAUCGACUUUGCAGUUUCUGCAAUUGCGAUCUGUGUUGCUUAAUGGCAGUAUCGCUUUGCGGGCUCAAAUUGUAUAGGUUUUAGUGUUUGUUAUCUAGUGUUUGUUAUCUUUGGGAUUUUUUUAUUUUAUUCAAAAAAAUUUGGUUCUUGUUA